ACUUUUAAGUAGCCGGCUCUACGGCUCUGCUGCUUUCUUUAGGCGACACGUCUGUAGUUGGGGCCACGCCAUGAAGCAUAUAGUUUUGUUAGCCGCUUUUGUAUCGGCAGUCCUUGGAAGCGAUGUUCUCGACUACUCGGGAUCUGAUUUUGAUGUUCAGAUCAAAGAACACGACACAGCUCUUGUGGAGUUCUUCGCUCCAUGGUGCGGUCACUGUAAGAGGUUAGCCCCCGAGUAUGAAAAGGCGGCCACAGAGCUUAAAAAACACGAUCCGCCAGUACCACUUGUCAAGGUUGAUUGCACCUCGGACGCCGGCAAAGAGACCUGCUCAAAAUAUGGCGUGAGUGGUUACCCCACCCUCAAGAUUUUCAAGCAGGGAGAGUUCUCCUCCGAGUACAAUGGCCCCCGGGAGUCGAGUGGCAUUGUCAAGCACAUGCGGUCGCAAGUCGGGCCCAGCUCAAAGGAAUGCACAAGUGCGGAAGAGCUUCAGAAACUGCUGGACAAGGACGAAGUCGUCGUUGUUGGCUUCUUCGAGAACAAGGACGUUGAUCUUCACGAGCAGUUCCUUAAGGUUGCUGACAAGCAAAGGGAAUCCUGGGUAUUCGGCCACACAUUCAACAAGGAUUUGCUCAAGAAAUACGGGCACACAAACAAAGUUGUGCUGUUCAGGCCCAAGUUACUUAAAAACAAGUUUGAAGACAGUGAGGUGGUCUACGACGGGGACGCAGACAAGGCGGCGCUGGAGAAGUUCGUGAAAGAGAACUACCAUGGCCUUGUUGGUCACAGGACUCAAGACAACUACAACCAGUUCGAGGCUCCACUUCUGGUUGCAUACUACGAAGUCGACUACACAAAGAAUGCCAAGGGAACCAACUACUGGCGCAACAGGAUCCUCAAGGUGGCCCAGAACUACAAGGGAAAACUCAACUUUGCCAUCAGCAACAAGGAAAGCUUUGCAGCUGAGAUGGAUGACUAUGGCCUGUCUUCUCAUGGCAACAAGCCAGUUGUCGCUGUCCGUAACAGCAACAAUGAGAAAUUCCGCAUGACCGACGAGUUCAGCAUCGAAAACCUGGAGAAGUUCCUUGAGAACUACAUUGCUGGCAAAGUUAAGGCGCACUUCAAGUCUGAGCCCAUCCCCGAGAAGAACGAUGGUCCUGUCAAGGUGGCUGUUGCCGAGAACUUCAAGGAGCUUGUCCUGGAUAGCCCCAAGGAUGUCCUGAUCGAGUUCUAUGCGCCCUGGUGUGGCCACUGCAAGAAGUUGGCACCUACUUACGAAGAAGUUGGCAAGACGCUUACUGGUGAGGAUGUUGAAAUUGUCAAGAUGGAUGCCACUGCCAAUGAUGUUCAUCCAAAGUUUGAGGUCACAGGCUUUCCUACUCUGUACUGGCUACCAAAGAAUGACAAGGAGAACCCGAAGAGGUAUGAUGGCGGCCGUGAUCAUGAUGACUUCAUCAAGUACAUUGCCAAGCAUGCCACCGAUGAGCUCAAGGGCUUUGACCGUUCUGGCACAAAGAAGGCGAAGGAGGAAUUAUGAGGCAUCGUGGGGUCAGGAGGGCCAUUGUUUCUAUCAUUUCAUUUGGGGUCUCUGGGGAUCUUGUUUGUCAUCUCUGUACAAUAAACAGAUGUUUUUUU